AUGCACGACAUCGCUUUCGAUCUACACAAUCCGGGAUGGACACCGGAGGCUAUUGAUCGUUUGGCCGACGCCCUUGUGGAGUAUUCUGACGUGUUCUCUACUUCGAAAACCGAUUUUGGUUCCUGCACCAUCAUGCCGUUCACGCUUUCCGUCCCAGCAGGAACGAAGCCCGUUGCAUCACGCCCGUAUCGGCUCAUUCAACAUUCCACAUCUCCGUGGGCUUCUCCUUUAGUUGUCAUCCCCAAGAAGGACGGAUCUGUUCGCAUCACCGUCAACUACAAACGUCUCAACGCUCUGGUGGAUUUGGAUGGACAACCUCUCCCUCGAGUGGACGGUAUCUUGGAUUCUCUGUACACCGGGAAAGUGUUCUCCAUCUUCGACCUCGACUCGGCUUUCCACCAGAUCGUUUGUGAUGAAGACACUGUCCCGCUCACCGCCUUUUGCACUCCCACGCAGUUGUUCGAAUGGCUUCGGAUGCCGCAGGGCGCCAACGCAAGUCCGUCUUGGUUCGUCAAGGUCAUCAACAGAGUGGUGCACGGUCUGGAGCGUGUGCUGGCUUAUCUGGACGAUGUCAUCUGUUUCGAUGAGGAACCUCUGGGACACGUGCUGAACUUGAUCGAGUUCUUCAAACGACUGCGACAGUACAACCUCAAACUGUUUCCAGGGAAGGCUCGCGUCGGCGCCACGCAUGCCAACUUUCUCCUUCACACCAUCUCUCCGGCAGGUCUUCGGAGCCUUCUCGGUGGACUCAGUUACUACCGGAAAUUCCUCAAGAAUCUCGCCACCAAGGUGCGGCCUCUCAACUCGCUUCUCAUACAAGGCGUCCCCUUCAAGUACACCCCGGGCAUGAUCAAGGUUGUCAAAACGUUGUUAAGCGAACUCGCUCGCCCCCCGAUUUUGGUCUUCCCGGAUUGGGCAGCAAUCGAGGACAACAGCCGUCCUCUUCGUUUGUGUUCCGACGCGUGUAUCGACGGCUUUGGCGCCUCCUUGGAACAAGAACAGCUCGAUGGCUCGGUGAGACCCAUCGUGUACAUCAGCCGCGCUACUCUUCCUGCGGAGCGUAACUGGACCGUUUUGGAUCUGGAGGCUGGUGGCAUUGUUUGGGCCAUCAAACGCCUUCGCGGUUAUCUGUGGUCGACCAAGUUCAUCAUCUAUUCGGACCACAAAGCCUUGGAGAGCAUUGGCAAGGUUGGGGAACACAACGCUAGGGUGCAACGAUGGCUCGAACUCCUGUCCAACUUCACCUACACCCUAAAAUAUCGGAAAUGUUCGGCAAACGGCAACGCGCAUUUUCUUUCGCGGUUGCCUUUACCAGCACAAGACACGGACAAAACCGGUCCCGACUGCAUUGAUGGUGUCGAUCAAGCGGGUGUUUUCCUCAUUUGGGCUUGCAUGCGCAACUAUCACUCGUCGUCUACACCGGAGGUCGGUUUGGGUGGGCUCCGCCCUCCUUGCACGGCAGGAGUCUUUUCGCCCCCAGCGUUGCAGCCCUCCGAUUUUGGGGAAUUCUACCGACAUCACCCGCGUCGGACCACUCGUCUGCCGGAUACUGGCGUGCCCCGUGUCUACGUGCCAAUGCUGAUGCGUCCGUGGGUCCUUCAUGCAUGCCAUACGGCCGCGUCAUUCCAUCUCGGCGUCCAUCGUACACAGCGUCUGCUCGAGCGCUUCUACUGGUGGAUUGGUUUGGAUCGUUCCGUGCGCUGGUGGCUUCGGGCGUGUUUGGUGUGUCAAGCUCGCAAGACUUCACGUCAGACUGCUCGGUGGCCCGUCAUCGCAAUGCCAUUGCCACAGGGGCCUGGUACGGUCGUCGGCGUCGACUACUUCGGACCUCUGCCAGUGACUGCCAAGGGCAACUCCUACAUUUUGUUGUUCACAGACCGUUUCAGUCGGAGAGCCGACAUGUUCGCAGUUACAGCGGCGGAAUUUACGGCGAGAGGGACGGCUCACAUCUUCGUCAACCAAUACAUGACCAAGUGGGGAUGUCCGACUACGUUAUUGUCGGACAACGGACUGCAUUUCUGCUCGAAGCUCUCCAUGGCGAUCUACGAGGUGAUGAAGAUCAAGAAGGUCACCACCAGCUCCUACCACCCACAGACCAACGGCGGCACGGAACGCGUCAACCACACGAUGGCCCAGAUGCUUGCGGUGGUCGUCAACGAACAGAAAACCGAUUGGGACAUACAUCUCCCGCACGUUGAGUUUGCCUACAACAAUUCCGUGAACCAGUCUACUGGAUUAGUGCCAAACGAGAUCCACAUCGGACGCAUCCCGCGACUCCCGCUUUCGGUCUUCGAUCGUCCCACGGUAGGUGGUCAUCAAAGCUUGGCCCGCGAUCAACUCGAGUAUUGCAACCUGGUCGUCGAUCGCCAGCGCCGGGCCUACGAACUUGUCCGUGAGUACAACGCCCUGAAGAUUUCGCGAGUCGAACGCCGAAAUUCAUCCCUGCUGGACGCCAUUCACAAGCUCCCUCAGUUUACCGUUGGCGGGUGGGCUUGGGUGUACAACACGGCUGCUACAAUUCGACAGGGUGUGCAGAAGGACACGGACCAAGAGGUGCUCAAGGCCAAAUUCGCACUUUCCUGGACGGGGCCCUACAAAGUUCUUGCGGUGGGUCCCACCUCUGCCGACGCCACUCCGGACGGCCGCCCGUUGGCGCGUAAACUCCUCUACCUGGACCUGCCUUCCGAUCUUUCCGGCCCGGCAGCUCGUUGUCGCGUGUCUGUCCUUCGUUGCAAGCCCUGUCGCUAUCCGUACGAGACGGACGACUUGCCGCAAUCUCUGCCCGCCGAGCUUUCGCAUUUUGUUCUGCACUCUUUUGGAGAUAAAUGUCCACCUUUCCCCGUCACUGUGGAUGAUGUGUCGGUGCCUGUCGGGCGCCUCGAGGUCGACUACAUCUCGGGACAUCAACUGGUGCGGGGCCGUAGCGGGGUUCUCGCUGUCCUGUACCAGACGCAUUGGGUAGGCCUGACUACUCCUUCAUGGGAAGGGGAAUCCGACCUUGAUCAAUUCCGUCGACGCAUCAUCUUGAACUGGUCCCGGGAGGCCUGCCAAAGCAAGCAGGGUAACUGUACAUAUCGAGUGGCUCGGACUCGCGCGGCACAGCGGGAGCUAGCCCGGAAUCGUGGAGAACGCUUUUUACCUCCUGGGGCUGAUCUUGUGCUGAACGUGACUUGGCUUCGUCGUUUCAGCACUUCGCCCCUCCCAGUUGGCGCGCGGCUGUGGUACAAGGCCCGGGAUGGAUUGUGGUGGACCGGNGGGGAAUCCGACCUUGAUCAAUUCCGUCGACGCAUCAUCUUGAACUGGUCCCGGGAGGCCUGCCAAAGCAAGCAGGGUAACUGUACAUAUCGAGUGGCUCGGACUCGCGCGGCACAGCGGGAGCUAGCCCGGAAUCGUGGAGAACGCUUUUUACCUCCUGGGGCUGAUCUUGUGCUGAACGUGACUUGGCUUCGUCGUUUCAGCACUUCGCCCCUCCCAGUUGGCGCGCGGCUGUGGUACAAGGCCCGGGAUGGAUUGUGGUGGACCGGACGUAUUGGGGCUCAUCAGGGCGGCUCGUGCAUCGUUCGAUUUUUGGACGACCCGGGCCCAAGCGUUCUCCCUCUGCCUGCGCAUCUCUUCUCCACCGCCUUGGACGCCGUCUGCGGAUCAUGGUUUUAG